CAAAGAUCUAACAUCGUUUCGCUCAGCAUAAUUUCCAUAUUUUACAAACACAAAAAAAGGAACAGAAGGAACUAAUAUCCAGAGGCCAUAGGCAUAUGCUGGUAGCCCCAUUAUCUCAUUUUCUUUAGGUGGUCAAGCAUAACCAAAUAUGGAAGGCACCCCGGUUGAAAUUUUCAAAGAAGACAAGUGCCUCACGGCGCUCGUCGAAGACUGUUAUAUGAAUGCUACUUCGCAGUCUGGAUACCCAGAAGGUCACAAUCUGACUUUUGACUCUGACUGGGAAGAGGAUCCCAUGUCCCCAAUCAUCCCCAUCAUCACAGCUGUGUACUCCGUGGUGUUCGUGGUGGGCCUGGUGGGCAACUGCCUCGUCAUGUACGUUAUCAUCAGGUAUACAAAGAUGAAGACAGCCACCAACAUUUACAUCUUCAACCUGGCUCUGGCCGACGCCCUGGUCACCACGACGAUGCCUUUCCAGAGUACUGACUACCUGUUGAACUCGUGGCCGUUUGGCGAGGUGGUGUGUAAGGUGUUCAUCUCCAUCGACUACUACAACAUGUUUACCAGCAUCUUCACCCUGACCAUGAUGAGUGUGGACCGCUAUGUCGCCGUCUGCCACCCGGUCAAGGCCCUGGACUUCCGGACGCCGAUCAAAGCCAAGAUCAUCAACAUAUGUAUCUGGAUGCUGUCCUCUGCAGCAGGGGUACCAGCACUGUUACUGGGUGGCACCCAGUCCAACAAUGGAACCACGGAGUGUGCCUUGCAGUUCCCGGAACCGUACGUGUACUGGGACACCUUGAUGAAGGUCUGUGUGUUUGUGUUUGCCUUCGUGGUGCCCGUGCUCAUCAUCACCGUGUGUUACACCCUCAUGGUGCUGCGACUCAAGAGCGUGCGUCUCCUCUCGGGCUCCCGGGAAAAGGACCGGCAGUUGCGGCGCAUCACCCGCCUGGUCAUGGUGGUGGUUGUGGUGUUCGUAGUGUGCUGGACGCCCAUCCACAUCUUCAUCCUGGUCAAGGCGCUGGUGAGCGUGCCCGAGACCACCGCCGUCAUGGCCGCCUACUUCUUCUGCGUGGCGCUGGGCUACACCAACAGCAGCCUCAACCCCGUCCUCUAUGCCUUCCUGGAUGAGAACUUCAAGAGGUGCUUCAAGGACUUCUGCCUGCCAAAAAAGCUGAAGGGGGACAAUGCCUCAGGGAAGAACAACAGGAGCACCGUGAGGGGAGGAAGGGAGGCCCCACUUCCACUGGAGAACCCAGAUGGGACUAGAAAGCCGGCAUGA